AUGACCAAUAAUGAUCCUAAUGUAAUUGGCUGGUUCUAUCUGGAGCACUUGUUUAACACCAAAGUAAUGGCUAGUAUUAUCCGUGUUGACAAAGGGACGGAAACAGGAGUAAUGGCUACUAUGCAUGCCAAUCUUUGUCAACAGCAUGGAGAUGAAAUGGUUCCUAUUGAGACCAUCAUAUAUGGACCAUUCACAUCAAACCAGGUAGGCAUAUAAAUUAAAUUUACUCCUCCUACUAUUGGUAAUUUUAUCUGAGCAGUGCUGCACAUGCCAUGCAGUACGUAACUAACUAGUAAUAAAAUGCCAAGCCAGAUCUUGCAUUGAUAUCAGAUCACCUAGAUCAUGACGCUCUAGUCCUUCUAUUGAGCACUGCAUACAUAUAAACUGGUAUAUAAUAUACUCUGUGUGCAUGUGCACCAAGCAAGCCAACUACUUGCAUAGUAAUGUGUAAAUUUUUAACUGUACUUGUAGUAGCGUAAAUUGUCUCACAGGUGUUUCCUAUAUAAUAUUUGUCAACAGAAUGAAACAAAUGUCUAGACCGUGGAGCAUUGUAGGAGUUGAGAUGAUACAGUGGAAUGUCACAGGACUCUACAGUGCAACUUGUUAUGUAUAAUGUAAGUUUGGAAAUUCUGUCAAAUUAUCACUUAUCAAGUCCACAAUGUUCUUUAAAAUUGCAGAUUGAAAGGUGGUGGAGGGAAUUGCAUGAACAAUUAGAGAAGUUUUUUAAGCAUCAGCUGAACUUCCUUAAAGACCAAAGCUAUUAUGAUCCCUACAACAGCACACACAGGUAACAAAAUAAUAUAGAUAAAAAGGGAGAAUGAAAGAAAGAAAAUGAAAAGAAACCAUAAAAAAAUGUUUUGGAAUAAUCCAGGAGCCUUCAUAAAAUAAUGCUCAUCUUCUUGAAAUCGGGGUUUGGAAGAACUAAGCCCAAUUAUAUUGUAGUUACCGACUUGUUUAGAAUUUUAUGGGACUUGACUGAGUAGUGUACAGUGUUAGCAGGUGUAGAAAUUCAAUACUGUAUGUCAAGUGAUGCUUAAGUGAGCUACAAUGAAUAGGAGGGGACACCAGGAAACCUGUAAGGGAAAAAUAACAGUCUUCCAGAGGUAGCCCUUCAAAAAUGCAAUACAUAUCAGUGGACAUACCAUGUACGUAUUCUUGUCACUUUGGUGUGUGGGACGUGGGCCUGUAGCCAUAACAGGGUCUGCUUUGAUUGGCCAAAAUUAAUUUCAGUAGUCAUUAACUUACACCAAAAAUUGACCGAUUUUCUAAGGAUUUCAUUCAAUUGAACUUCUUCUCUCACUAUUCCUUUCAAACACUUAUUGGCUUACUUGAUGGUUCCAAUAACGCAGAAGGAAGUUGACAUUUUUGUUGAUGUUAUGUGGAACAGCCAUCGCAUUCGAGCGCAGAAAAACACCUUCCUGCCAGAUGGAAUUCCAAAUCACAUUUAUAAUUUUCUAAAGCAGUAUGGUCUUUAG